GACAGAUCACUGCUGCCUUUGCUGUCCGCUUGGCUUGCAGCGAGUGUGGAAGAUCGGGAUCGAAUUCACGGGACGAUGUGUGCUGACAGGAUGGUGAUGACGGACCUGUUGAAAGCGGAGGAGAUCAAGAAAGCUCUUGAUGCCUUUGCAGCAGAGACCUUCGACCCUAAAAAGUUCUUCGACCUGGUGGGAAUGACGGCGAUGUCGGCCGAGAGCGUCAAGCAGGUCUUCCGGGUUCUUGAUGUGGAUGGAAGCGGUUUCAUAGAAGAAGAUGAACUCAAGUUUGUGCUGAAGGGUUUCUCCAAGGAUGGCAGAGACUUGACAGAUGAUGAGACAAGAGUGUUCCUCAAAGCUGCGGACAAGGACGGCGACGGGAAGAUCGGAAUUGACGAGUUUGAAGCGAUGGUGCAUGAGUAGGAGAAAGCAGGACCUCUUCUUCGUCCUCCGCCUCCCUGAAUUCAUAGUUUGUACCUGCCACCAUCAAACUUCUUUCACCUCCCCGGGGGAAGCCACACAUGGAGACGGACAGGCCUGACCCGCUCACCCACGAAAACAGGCAGCGUCUAUGGGGAGGUGUUACCAGAUUUGGGUUCCAUGUUUUUGUUGGGUAUCAAAUGUACUUCUCAAUCGUUCUUGAUGAGCUCAUAAAGAUGGCUUGGUGCUAGUGAUGUUGUAUUCCAAAUGAUUCUUUUUUCAGAACUGUUCAUUUUUACGGUUUGGUCACAUGCCAGCGCAGCCCGCAUUAUUUUGCUCUUCACCACGCAGCCCCACUCAUCCGUGCCUAGAAAUUCACAACCAAGAAAGUGAGAGAAGACAGUAAG